UGUUUGCAUCUCUCUUCUCAGCUUUCUAUUUUUUAAAGUAAACUGUGGCGCUUCUUCAUUUUUGCUUCUUUAUCUUCUUCAUUUAUAUAUAAGCACCUCCUCGAUUUGCUUCUCCAUCAUUCACACCCGUAAAGGCAAAGGCAAACCAGAUAAUAAUUAAAAAACUACUUUUUUUUAGUGAAAGAAAACACCCAGAAAAAGCCUUUCUUUUUUUUUUUCUUUAUCAGGCCAUAAUCAUUUCACAAAGACUCCUCCUUUAAUAUCAUAGGAAGGAAGAAAAAAACACUAAAAAGUCAGAUCCCCUUCUUUGGUUCCUCGUUUCAUUCUCCAAUGGCAGAGUCCAAGAGGUAUAUUUCUCAAACAGAGCUUGAAAGCCACAAAAAACCAGGAGAUCUAUGGAUCUCUAUACAGGGAAAGAUCUACGAUGUCACUGAAUGGAGUCGAGAACACCCUGGAGGAGCACUUCCUUUGCUGAAUCUGGCUGGCCAAGAUGCCACCGAUGCCUUUGUAGCCUAUCAUCCUGGCUUAGCUUGGCAAUAUCUUGACAAGUUCUUUACUGGGUAUUAUCUCAAAGAUUACUCUGUCUCCGAGGUAUCCAAAGAUUUCAGAAAACUUGCUGCCGAGUUUUCAAAAAUGGGUCUUUUUGAAAAGAAGGAGCACGGGACAGGCAUUUUGCUUUGCAUUAUAGCAUUGCUGUUUUCUAUCAGUGUUUACGGUGUUUUAUGCUCUAACAGCGCUUUGGUGCAUCUCCUUUCGGGUGCUUUACUGGGAUUCUCAUGGAUACAGAGUGGGUGGAUUGGACAUGAUUCUGGGCAUUACCAAGUUAUGUCAAGCAGAAAAUUCAACAGGGUUGCUCAGAUCCUUACUGGGAAUUGCCUUGCAGGGAUCAGUAUUGGUUGGUGGAAAUGGAACCACAAUGCUCACCACAUUGCUUGUAACAGUCUCGAAUUCGAUCCAGACCUUCAACACAUGCCAAUAUUCGCGGUAUCUUCAAAGCUUUUUAGUUCACUCACAUCUUAUUUCUACGAAAGGAAGAUGAAUUUUGAUUCCAUUGCUAGGUUCUUGGUUAGUUACCAGCACUGGACAUUUUAUCCUGUAAUGUGUUUUGCUAGGAUCAAUCUAUUUGCACAGUCUUUCCUUUUCUUGUUUUCUAAGAGGAAGGUACCAAAUAGGGGUCAAGAGAUUUUGGGGAUUCUUGUUUAUUGGACUUGGUUUCCCCUACUAGUUUCUUGUUUGCCUAAUUGGGGUGAGAGAUUAAUGUUUGUGGUUGCCAGUUUUUCUGUAACUGGUAUCCAACAUGUUCAGUUCUGUUUGAACCAUUUCUCUUCUAGUGUUUAUGUUGGACCACCUAGUGGAAACAAUUGGUUUGAGAAGCAAACUGAUGGGACACUUGAUAUAGUAUGUUCAUCAUGGAUGGAUUGGUUCCAUGGUGGUUUACAGUUCCAGAUUGAGCACCAUUUGUUUCCAAGGUUGCCAAGGUGCCAUCUCAGGAAAGUUUCCCCAUUCGUUCAGGAGCUAUGCAAGAAACACAACUUACAGUACGAUACCGCUUCGUUUUGGAAGGCUAAUGUAAUGACGAUCGAGACUCUUCGAUCAGCAGCCUUGCAGGCGAGGAUUCUCAGCAAUCCAAUUCCAAAGAACUUAGUGUGGGAAGCAGUAAACACUCAUGGUUGAGAUGGAACUGCAUGUGAGUGAAUCAGCUUAUGUUUGUUAUGACUGUAGGUCUUAAAAGUUGUGUACUGAUUCCAGUAGACUGAUAUAAAAAUUUUCCUCCAUUCGUGCUCUCAGGUGCAGUGAGGGCAUUAGUUGGAUGUAAAAUAUUGCAUUUAAUUUAGUGGUUUUGUUUGGAUAGUAAUAUUGUUUUGAGGCUAUGGUCCUCUCUCUAUGAAUGUUUUGAGAAUUUGGUAUGGAUGUAAUAUUUGCUGGCUUUUUUCAAGUCAAUGUGGAAUUUGAAGAUGUGUUGUUUUUCAA